CUUUAUAUCCGCCUUUCCUGCCCCAGCUCGACGUACCGGAACCCCCCCCGCCGGAGUCGAGCCGAAAUGAGUCUACUCAGGCGAGUCGACAUCAUGGACCCUUGCUUCUUCUUCCCGCCCUCCUCCUUCGUCGCCGAGACCUCCUCCGUUUUGGCAUUCCCUCCGUUCCUGGAAGAGCCCGAAGACAUCGGCCUCGCGCUCGACCUCCUGAGCCCCGCUAACCCUAGCCCCUUCGACCUCCUCGACACCGUCGAGGACCUGGUCCAGAUCGAGAGGACUUCGCCCUUCGGCUCCUACCGGAGGGUCCUCCAGCGAGUCAGGCCCGAGCGGUACUUCCUGCAGUCCCUCUGCGAUCGCGUCUCGGCUCUCGAGUCCAGGUUCGACCGCCUGGUCACCGCGCGCGGCAGCGGCGGCGCCCCCGAUCGGAAGUACACCUGGACGGCGGAGAUCAAGGGGAGGGAGGCGGACCGGAAGUACAAGUGGACGGCCGAGAUCAAGGCCGGGAAGAAGGAGAAGGACAAGGAGAAGGAGAAGCAUCACCAUCAUCAUCUUCACCAUCACCGCGGUGGACCGAAGAGCUAUAAGUGGACUUCGGAGAUCAAGGAGAAGGGCGAGGAGGGUUACACGCGGACGUACACGUGGAAGUCGUCGACAGGUGGCGACGCCGACGAUAGCGACGCCAAAUCGCACAGGCACAAGAAGGAGAAGAAGAAGGAGAAGAAGAAGGAGGAUAAGUGCGCCACGCGUGUGGUGGAGAUCGAAGAGCCUAGCCGUCAUGAAGCUGCAGUUUUGAGACAGGCUUUUGCCAAGAGAGCUGGGGCUAUCCGGCAAGCGAGGGGAAAGAAGAAGGAGCUGUCUCCUCUAGAUGCAGCUGUAAUGAUCCAGAUGAGCUUCAGAGCUUAUCUAAUCCGCAGAUCCCAGGCUCUUCGUGCCCUUAGAGAGCUGGCAGUAGCCAAGUCUAAGUUGAAGGAAAUUCGGGCGCUUUUCAAUAAUUUCUCUUACCGUCGUCGUGUUGCUCAUGAUGCAGAGGAGCGUCAAAGGUUUGUUGAGAAGAUCAUUGUUCUGCUCCUAACUGUUGAUGCCAUUGAGGGAUCUGAUUUAAUGGUGCGGGCUGCAAAGAAAUCGAUGAUAGACGAGCUGGAAGCAAUGCUCGAUGUGGUGGACCCCCAGCCCCCAGGAAAAUCACUUUCCAUGAGGAGGAGGACUUUUGAUGUGCCUGAUGGGGUCAUCCAGAACGAAAUUGCUGAUGGCGUGGCCCAAAUUGUGAAAAUGCUCGACCAGGAGGAGAAUAGCACCACCGCUUCAGAGGCAUAAUUGUCUGCAGAUCUUGCUUUGGGUGUCCUUGACUGCAGUAUUUGCUCCUAGAUCACGUGUUUAUUCGGAAGAGGGUGUUUUCUCUCUGUGAGUCAAUUGUUUAGAGUUUGUUGAAGCUUUGUUUGAUUGGAGACCUGUGGUGAGGAAGUGAUAUGAUAUCCUCGUGAUGUGCCGAAGGUUGCUUCUUGUGCAUCUUAAUAUCGUCUGAAUGUACCGUAACUUCCAGGUCAUUUUUAUUACUCACGUGUUAGCUUUAUUGCUUCGAA